AUGAAAUCACUUAAACCAAGCAGAACAUAGAAUAAUAAAAGUCCAAUUGAUGAAAUAGGAUACUAUAAGUAAUGUUCUCGUUUUUUACCUUUGGAAAGAGCCAACGAAUUUUCUACUUAAGAUGCAAUUAUUUAUGACAGAUUAAGAUAAGCAGGAAUGAAAAGAAAUAAAGCAUUGUAAUUUUGCAAAGGUCAACAUUGUAAAAUAGAUUCUACAUAAAGAAAACAUGGUCCUCCUGGUUAUAAAAUCUUUAACACAAAAUUAGAUAAAUACAAGUAAUUAAAUGGGUAAAUAAAACUAAAUAAUAGUAGUUGGUAAAUGAUUGGAAGAUUAAAUUAUGAAUAAUCUAUGCGAGAAGAAUUAAGCGAUGAUACUUAAUGGUAAAUAUAAGAUUAAAACAAAGAAGAGUAAGAAAAAAUGGAAUAAUUAAAAUAAUUUUAUACCGAAUUAGAUUUAAAGUACUCAUUUAAUGAAAUGAAUGAAUAAGAAACUUUAACUAAAUUGAGAUCUCUUUCAACAGAAUAAAAAUAUAGAAGCCGAGUUCCAUAAUAUUAAUUAAGAGAUGACAAAACUCGAAUGAUGUAUUAUGAAAUGGCUGAAUAUAUUUUACAAUUAAAAAAACCCCCUAAUACUCUAAUAUAAGAGCUAAGUGUUUUUGAUGAUACUAUACCUUUAGUUAGAUAAGAAUAUUUCGAUAUUUAACCAAAAUAUAUAGAAAAAGCAAUUCCUUGUUAUCCAAAAUAAAAUUGCGAAAAGAGAUCAAAACUAUUAAAAGAACUUACAAGAGCAUAUACAGGCAUGGUUACAAUUACAGAACCUACUGAAGAAAUUAAAAAAGUAUCUUAAUAUUUAUAAUAUUGGCUAUUAGAUCUUCUUACAAAUUAGAUUAUAAUAAUAGCCAUUAUGUAAAGGGUUUUAAAUAACAAACACCUAAUGAAUCAGUUCUCUCUAGUUUGAAUGAUCUCGAUUAAUAAAGCACUAAGAAAAUAAAACAAAGAUGUAGUAUCAUGACUCAUCGAAUAACUAAGUUCUCACCAUAAGAUUAAGUAGUC